CUGAAAAAUGGAGGCGAGAUCAAACUGGAGCCGCUGCCAGCGUCUCUGGCUCGAUCCGUGACGGCCAUCACCUCACAGGCCUCCGUAACCACGGUAACCAUGGUGCCACUCAGCAGCAGCAUCAGCGACGGUUUUCCUCCGGGGAAGUCCGCCGCCGUCCCGUACAUCCCUGCCCAACAACAGGUUUCCAGCAGCGCCAACGUCCACCAGGAGAGGGCGCCGAAGUACUUCUCCCUGACUCAGGGGGGCCACCCAGAGCCCGAGCUCAUCCCCUCCCCUCUCCUCCUUGAGAGGAGCCCAGAGACAGGAGGUCCCUCCUCCUCCUCCAGUCUCAAACAGCAGGAGGAGGCGGUGGCAGAGGGAUGGAGGGAGCAGCGAGAGGAGGAGGCAGAGGUGGGGGGCAGACUGCAGGGAGGAGCCAGAGAAGGCAGCCUUCACUCCUCUGACAGAGACAGGGAGGACAGGCUGCAGCAUCCUCAGCUCUCCGCCGAGUCGUCCUUCAGGAGAGGGGAGCCAGAGCCUCUGCCCGGCAGGGGGGCCACAGACCCCCAGGAGGGAAGAGAGAAGGGAGAGGAGGGGGGAGGAAGAGGAAAAAGAGGCCACCUGAGAGAGGCUGCAGCAGCUGAAGAGGUGAAGGGGAGCAGUGGCCGGAGCCAGGGAGGCGUCUCAUCAG